AUGGACCUGAGGAGGCAUUGCAGCAGCUCCAUCCCAGACUAUUCAGAGGAUACAUUUACGUCUUUCAGUGAAGGAGAGGAGGAAACCUACAGACAAUAUGAAAAUGACCCAUUUGAAUCUUAUUACUCUGGAGAGGAGUCAGAAUGCCGUGCUGUGUUGGAUCUGUCUGAAAGCAUAUGGCAAUCAUCAAGUCAAAAUGAUGAAGGUGUGUUAGGUUCCCUAUGCAUUUUUAUCAGUUCUUCAUUCAAUCCUAUGAUUAGUGGGAGGAGACUUAGAUCAGCAAAAAUGCAAAGGAAAGCAGAAGGGGGGAAGACAGAGAAAGGGAAACGUCAUUUGCAGUGUUCACAGCAGAACACUCAGAAUACUGGUUUACCAGGUCAGAAUGUUAUUUUUGCUGAAGACACUUAGCAAUACUGUACAGGAAGCAUUAUGCACCAAGGAGGAAGUGUAGAUGUUUAGUGGUGGUGACGGUAGGAAGACCUUCCGUCUUCCAUAUGUCUUGGGUUCACCUGAGUAAGUGCAGGUGACCACUAACUUCCCUUUGCUAGGGUGACAAUUGUGGACAGACAAAGCUCUUUGCUAAUGUAAGAGAAAGGCAGAGAUGUAGGAGGCAACUAAUACAGGAAAAGCUGAGGAAUCCUACACCCAUUUCAGGUUCUGUACUUGUGCCAUCCUUUCACACCAGUGAUAACUACUUGAGCAAAACAGUGUGGAAGGCUCUACACACAUUUUCCUCAUACAAGCCUGCUCUUAGUUCAUGUUGUACAGCCAGACCAUUCAGCCCAGGCUAACAGUGGCUGCAUGCCCAUGUGUUGCAGCAGCAGGGAAGGGUGGGCAUGGCAAGAGGUGGUAGCUGUUCUGUAUAAGCAUUAAUGUGAAAAGUGGAUGACAUGCCAUCUAAAGUAUAUUUACGCAGAAGAUUAGCCCUAAUGAGUUCACCAGCACUCAAUUUAAGGAGAGCAUAGGAUUGCAGCCCUACUGUUCAUCCUGUGUACAUUUAAUUGAGCGUAACAUCUAUUGUGCAUGGAAUGAAUAUGAAUAUAAGAAGUGUGGGGGCUAAACUGGACCUGCACCUGGUUCUAUGUCAGGUGGCUUUCCUUCUUUGAUUCCUGUGAUUUCCAGGGCAUGUACAUUACAGAAAAGUUGCCCGGUGUGAAGGCCUGUUUAUUCCUCCUUUGUGUGUGUGUGCAUGUUUUACUCUGUUCCAACACUGUCCUCCUACAUACAUUGCCUUUCCCCCCCCAGAUCAAAAAUCAGAAGUUUUGGAAUCUGCAGUUGUAAGAGAAUAUUUAACUAGAAAAUGGAUCAGUCUCCUGAAAGAAAACAAAGCUAGCACUCGGCUAGCUAAACCUGCCAUUGAACCAAUUAACAGUGAGUCAAUUUUUAGAUGUGACUUGUAAAUCAAUAAAUCAUUCAAUCAUUUAUUCAUUCAUUCAUGUAGUCCAUUUGACUGUUGGACAGUCUGUACUCACUUCCAGUCUUCUUCUUCUUCCCUGCAAAGGAUUUGAACAUCAUUUCUAAGUGAGGCCACCACUGCAACUCAAAGAAGCUUGCAGGGACUUCCUUCUUUCCCCUGAUAAGCAUCCUCUUUCUGCUUUUCAAAUUCCCCAGCUUCAGUUCUUUGAAAUAAUUUGUGGGCCUGGUGUCUUUUGGGCAAGGGGGAGGGAGUGAAUCUGCCCAGUAGAUUGUGACUCACCUCCACCACCAUUAUUCCUAAUCUGUCCUUCACCCUAAGGUUCUAGGGUACAUUACAACACACUAGUAAAAACCAUGUCGGAGUGAGUUCUGGAAGACCUGCUCCCUGCCUUGCAAGCCUCCUCCAUCUGGCCUGGGAGGUAGGGGCCCUGACUGACAAAAGCUGAGGCUUUUGGGGUGGGAUAUUGUUUAGUGGUUUUUGUUGGGGGGAGGUGUCACUGUGAGUUUUUUGUAUGUUUAUAUUAGAUACUGUGAUUUAUUUGGAAAUUGUUCAGGUUGGUUGUGUAUUUUCAAAUAUUUUAGGUAUUGUUUAACUAUUUUUGUUAUGUUGUAGUUACGUAUUUUUUCAUGUCUUGAGCAUGGUUUGAACUGUGCAAAGGUGGCAUACAAAGAUGUAAAAACAGAUUAAAGCAAGUUACAGUCAUAGAAAUUGUUUACUCAGAGGUCUCAGGCAAAUGUCCAACAACCAGAGAUGCUUUAAAAAAUUAAUUGGAAUUGCCAGGGAAUGAAGUUGGAACAUAUGCACACACAGUGCAUGCCUGUCUUGCCCUUAUUGGCUUUUUGGUCUUUUGGCCCUUAUCUCAGCUGCUUUGUGAGGAGGCCUUUGUGUGAUACAGUGUGACCAUUUUAGCUGUUUUCAUUCUUGGAAGUUUUUGCAUUUUUAUUUCGUCAUAGCAUUUGGGUGCUUCCCAAGUUUAAGUGUGUGCAUUUGAAGCAAUGAUUCAAGUGAAUAAGUUGAUGCAAAUGCAGCUGGUAGGUCAAGGGUGGGGAACCUCUGGCCAAGCCAUGCCUGCUGGCCUUUCACUUGACAUCAUAUAUUACUUAAGGUAGGGCAGGUAAGGACAUGGCUGGGCCAAAGUGGGUUUGCAUGGGCAAAAAACAGCUCACAUGCAGUGUUGUAGCUAGUAGCUCGGUUACCUAGGGCGGUGCGUGUGGGCGGACACAAGCCCCAUGCUGCUGUUUCGGGCAGCGCACAGCCUGCAGGCGCCCAAGCCACUGCAUCACUCCCAGAAGAGACUAGUGGCUCGGGCAGGCCCCAUGGUAAGUGCCACCCCCCACACUGUGGUGCCCAGUGUGCCCUGCUCCCACACACCCCUACCUACGCCUCUGCUCACAUGUCAUCAUUGUACUCCAUCCAACUGCUAAACCUGAUAAUAAUAAUAAUAAUAAUAAUAAUUUAUAUGCUACCCAUCUGAUUGGGUUGCCCCAGCCACUAUAGGUGGCUUCCAUCAAAUUAAGGCAUCAAACACAGCAAAACAUCAAACAUUAAAAACUUCCCUAUACAGGGCUGCCUUCAGAUAUCUUCUAAAAGUCAGAUAGUUGUUUACAUUCCACAGGGCUGGAGCCACUGCUGAGAAGGCCCUUUGCCUGGUUCCCUGUAACUUGACUUCUCACAGAGAGAGAACCGUCAGAAGGUCUUUGGAGCUGGACCUCAGUGUCCGGGCUGAACUAUCUAUGGGGGUGGAGACGCUUCUUCAGGCAUGCAGAGCUUAAGCCAUUCAAGGCUUUAAAGUUCAGCACCAACACUUUGAAUUGUGCUCGGAAAUGUACUGGGAGCCAAUCUAGAUCUUUUUGGACUGGUAUUAUAUGGUCCCGGCAGCCGUUCCCAGUCACCAGUCUUGCAGCCUCACAGAGGAUUGAGGAGAUAAAAAUCGAAAUCCAGUUCCACACCCCUGUGCUAGAUGAUUGACUGGAACUAGCUGCAUGGAAUGUGUCUUGUUGGUGGUGGACAUAUUUCCAGUGGCUUAUUGUAUAUUUAUUAGGGUUGCCAUAUGUCCGGAAUUUCCUGGUUAUAGCUGGUAUUCAGCCCUCAUAAACAGCGUCUGGGUGGAAAUUGCUAAAAUGUCCAGGAACAUCUGGACAUAAGGGAGUCCAUGUUGGAAGUGUAGAUUUUGGCGAAUUUCAUCAAAACCAAACCAAAAAAAAGCUCACCCCCCCCCCCUUUGAGAUUUUGCAGGAAAAGUUCAACAGCUUUGGGCAAAACUAAAAAUGACUUUGCCCAUCCAAAAAGAAAGCUAAACAAUUUUGUGCUGUGUCCAGAUUUUCACUUUUUGAAAUAUGGCAACCCCAUAUUUAUGGGUACAUAAAUCUUGAUUUUAACUGUUAAAGCCUCUAUAGAAAGCUUUGACAACAAGCACCAGCCUACAGAAUUCUGCCUUCAAAAGUGUUAGCAUAGGUUCCUUGACUUGGCUUUCUGAUCUUCUAGCAAAAACUCUAUUAAAUUGUGUUAUGUUUGGAUCAACCAAUAUAGUCACACCAGUAGCAUCUUGCGAAUGCCCCUUUGAAGACAGAACAGUAAAAUAACUGCAUAUGCUUUUAUAUUCUAAAGCCCCAAAAUGCAUCCCUGGGUUUUAAUAAAUGCUGGAAACUACAGCCACAAGAGCCUCUUACAAUUUGUUUUAUCCACUUGGAAUUGGUAGGGGCAGCUUCUUAAUCGUUUUUAUGCAUAAUUGAAGAUUAGCUGCAGGAUAAUUAAGGCCUACUCACUAAGCCCAGGAAAACAUAGCAAAGAUUAUGGGAUAAUACAUACAGUGACUUGCGAUCUCGAUCACACGCUGUCUGUACAGUGGUACCUCGGGUUAAGUACUUAAUUCAUUCCGGAGGUCUGUUCUUAACCUGAUACUGUUCUUAACCUGAAGCACCACUUUAGCUAAUGGGGCCUCCUGCUCUGCCAUGCUGCUAGAGCACGAUUUCUGUUCUCAUCCUGAAGCAAAGUUCUUAACCCGAGGUACUAUUUCUGGAUUAGCGGAGUCCGUAACCUGAAGCGUCUGUAACCUGAAGCGUAUGUAACCCACUGUAGUCCAUUGGCAGUAGGAGUACAAUAUGGGCAUGUCUUUAAGUUAACACCUUACAUUAGAAACUUGACAGUACCAAAUUAUCAAAGGUUAUUCACCAAAGCCAGACUAAACAUAUUUCCUUCUGCAGUGUUGGAUGGCAGGUUGAGAGGUGUUCUCUACCAGGAUAGACUGCUCGUGUGCCCAAGACAUCGAUUCUAUACAACAUAUUUUGCUGCACUGUUCGAAAUACGAGCAAGCCAGGGUUGAACUGAUACUACCCUUGCUGGAACCUUUCCCGGGAAAAUCAGAGGCUCACUAUGUCAGGUUCCUAUUGGAAGACCGGACAAACGCUAGAACAUUAGCAAUGGCGAAGUUUUUAUCGGUGGUUGCAUGAACCAAUGAUACCUAUCUCUAAGUAUGAACAAAAUGUUUGUUUAAGGUGGAGGUAGGCUGUCUGAAUUGUGUAUUGCUUUGUAACGUUUUGUUGGGUCUCUGGACCGUAAUAAUGAUUGAUUGAUUGAUUGAUUGAUUGAUUCAUUGAUUGAUUGACAUAGCAAUUUGUACGUUUGAAGUAUCCCUUUUCAGGUAAUGCUGCAAAAUAAAAAAAUUAAUCCAGCCUUUGAGUGAUACUGUGAAAGAUGACUCAAAUGUUUACUUAUGAAAUGCCCUAGAUAGCAGUGUGCUUGAAAUUACCCAUUGAGGUUCCCUGAACGAACAAAUGUCCAGAAACCCUGCUGAGAAAUCCCUUUAAUAUUUUCAAGGUGUUUUGCAAUAUCUGUUACAAACUUUGAUUUUGGGCAUGUUGUGAUUGCCAGCAACACAUUUUCCUCUGUUCCCCUGUUUAUGUAUAUUUCGUUUAAAUCCAAUGAUAGAUAAUUCGUUAUAGUUUGGUUGGUCAUUAUCAAGGUAUUGCCCUUCUGUGGGUUUUAUAUAUAUAUUUCUAUUGGGCCAACAUGGCUUUCUGUGGCUCUUGGCAUAAAUUAUAGUGGUACCUUGGGUUAAGUACUUAAUUCGUUCCAGAGGUCUGUCUGUUCUUAACCUGAAACUGUUCUUAACCUGAAGCACCGCUUUAGCUAAUAGGGCCUCCUGCUGCUGCUGUGCCGCCGGAUCACGAUUUCUGUUCUCAUCCUGAAGCAAAGUUAACCCGAGAUACCACUGUACAAGGAAUGUGAAAUACAAUCAACAUAGGCUGGCUUAUUUGUAAAUCCCAUUCAAUUCAGUGGUCUUGUACCAGAUCAUUACUUGGAUAAGGUCUAUAGCUUUCUUUUUAAUUCCAUUUUUCAAAUGACCCUCUGGGUCCUCUCCUGGCACCAGCUGUUCACUGGGAAGGGAGGGGAAACCGUUUCUGCAGAUUUAUCUUCCUUGAAAAUACAGGUAGCCGUUUACACAGAGGUUACUUUCGAAGGCACCAUGCGCUGGUGAAAUAAUAUAUAAUCGAAACCCAUUGAAAAAGGCUGCAAACACCCCACUCUGCCCCCAUAUUGAAUGUGCGUAAAUGGGGGCUGCCUGUAUGCAUAAAAUAGUCUCUGCAGCUUGCAAUUGCAGCGGUGGAAGACAGAAGUGCCUGGCGUGCUCUGGUCCAUGGGGUCACGAAGAGUUGGACACGACUAAACGACUAAACAACAACAACAAUAUCUGGGAUGCAGUUGAAUUUUGUAGUUUGAUGCUUUAAGUAUCUGUUAGAGAGGGUUUGCAGUUCAGUAGUUAGUAGAUAUUAUUUGCAUUCUUCUGCUGAGAUUGUGGAUUUCUUUUUUGCCUUUUCCACAGUUGUUGCAGAUAAAAAAGAGUGUUGGAGAGUUUUGGUUUCUUUUUUUUUUACAAACUUUGUAAAAAGUCUGCGAAAUAAAUGACAGGUGAAACCAGCAUUUUCAUAGAACUGUAGAGUUGGAAGGGACCCUGAGGGUCAUCUAGUCCAACCCCUCAUUUAAAAACAAACAAACCAGAAAAGCACUAGCAUUGUAUAUGAAUAUAAUUUAUUUAAGGUUGACCAAUGAAAAUAAAAUUUUAAAGAAUCUAACAUACAUAGGAUCUUAAUAAGAUAAAAAGAAAUCAGAAAGCAAUUACAACCUUCUAAGAGAAAUUGCAGUGUUUAGAAAUUUUGCAACUUGCUUUGUAAAACAGCAACAACAAUAAUUAGAGGACCACCACCCCCGCCAAACAAUCAACAGAGACUCUUAAAAUCAUCCUAGAGAUUAUUUUGCCCACCAUUAAAAAACAGUGACUACAUAUAAACAAAGCAUGAGGCACUACUCCACCUCUUCUUUAUUACAAAGAAACCAUCUGCUUUCUAUAGGAGCUUCUUGCAGCUACCCUCUAAAAACAUUGAGGAUAAGGUAUUAAAGUUUGUUAUUAAAAAAAAGUUUUCCUGUAUUUCAGAACAGAUACCCAGUUCGAAUAAGGUAUACCAUUCUCAUAAAUAGAGGCAGGUAAACCCUGCACCCAGGGCUUGGACUGCCAAACUUGUCAGCAGUGCACCUGUGGAGCUACAGGUCCCCAGCUGAGCAUAGCUAGGGCUGUGAGCAUGUGGCCCUCUUGCAAAAGUCCGCAUCCCACUGGUGGUCUGUUCAGGAAGGGGAGAAAGAAGCCCUCUCUCAUCUGUCAUGCACGGAUGAGCUGUUUUGGUUAUUAUUUAUAUGCAUCCAAAGCCCCAGCUGUUUAACACAUAAUCUGUUGGAUUAGAGCCUAAUAGCUGCCUAGAAUUAUUUUCUGAAUAUUUUUUCAUGUAUUUUCCUCAUGCACAUUGUAAUUUCUGAUUUAAAAGGAGUCAAAUUAAGCAAUUAUCUGAAACUGUUUUCAUUAAUGUCUGCAUUGAGGGUAAUUCUUGUGUCACUUUUAUUUACCACAUUUCCAUUUUCUUUUAAUUACCACAAAUUCUGCUGUAAUAUCAAGCAUCUAAUUAUUCUUUUGAAACACAUGCUUUCCCCUUUGUUCUAGGGCUUUUUAUUUUCAGUUGUUUUCAUGGAGAGGCUUGCAGUCUGCAUAGAGCGUAUUGUACACUCCGAGUUUUGGGAAUACUAAUUCCAUCAGGUUGCACAGAUGGGAGUUGGAGGAGUCUUUUCCUGCCUCUUCAAGUAGUCAUAUUUAUAUGUAUGUAUUUUUUUUGCUGGUGCAAUAUUGACAGAAAUUAUUGAGGUAUCUGAGGAAGAACUGAGCGCUCUACAAUCCUUUUGUGCCAUCAAAAUAAAUCAGCUCCAUCAUAUGCCAAGCCCAAUGCCAUUGAAGAGGAGCAAGCAUAAUGAACAGAGGCAUGGAUUCACUUCAGAGAAGCCGUUGACAUUUGAUUUGAAUUGCACAGUCCCUGAUCAACUACUGAACAGACUCCGUCUGAAAAAUAUCAAGGAGAUACUGAAACAGGUACCAAAAGAAGGAAUGGAUCUGUUUUUGGUUCCAGGGAAUGUUCCUGGCAAAUGUUGAUUAUCUUUGCUAAUACAGAUGUUGAGACUUGACUGGUACUGAUCCUUUUAUGUAUAUUAUUGUCAUUAAAUGACAAAGUUCUUUUCGUAACACUGAAACUAAAACAUGAGGUUGGGCUUGUUUUUUCCUUGCAUUACUAAUGCAAUCCAUAUUUGAACCAAACUAUUUUUGUUUACCAUCACAUGAUCUCACAAAACACAUUAAUGUUUACAUUAGUGCAACUCAGCUCUCUUACAGUUUUUUAACAUUCAUGGUAUUGGGAGUUUGUUUUUUAAAAAUGAGGCAAAGCAAAUUUGUGUUGUGAUUAAUUUAAUUAACUCAAGUUCUUCUUUAGUGCCUUUUUUGUUUCAGACUACUCUUGAGUAUGGGCAGGGGUACUCUGUGAUGUCAUGAUUCCAAAAAGAUGGUGAUGGUAGUGCAAAAAUCGCUCAUUCCAAGUCUUGCUCAUUCAAUUUUGUAUGAAAGAUUAAAUGCCCCAAAAGCACUAUAAGAAUGUGUCCUUAAAAGAGGACUUGUACCCAGAUCAGCAAAACCCAAGCCCAAUUCUCUGUGUGAUUGGGAAGCCAAAUGCAGUUAUGAGUUUCAGGGAUGCCCUUGAAGGAUGUUCUGUCUUCUGGCCACAUCCUCUGUUCUUCAAAGAGCCCUCCUUUUCACAGGGAUGUGGUGGGAUAGAUGAGAUGUGUAAAACACAGUGUUACCCAGUAAAUAAGCAUUAACAGCUCUGUGGUAUUUGAUAUGUGGUUGUCUUAUGCAGGAAUUUGAUAUGUGAUUGUCUUAUGCAGGAAUCUUAUGUGUAGGUCUUAUGUGUUCAUAUGGAGGACUUUGGUAAAAUAAGCCUAAAUUGCUUAUUCUUGGUCCAGUAGUGAACCCACAUUAAUGCAUGACUUAUAACAUUUAACCUCACAAGCCACAUAAGUGGGAAUAUAUACUUGAACUGUGCAGCAAUCUGUCCUCCAGUUUUCCAACGGUUUCUUGCCCUGCAAAAAAAAAGGCUUUAAUUCUUCUGCCUCAUUCUCAGGGCACUUUACAGCGCAGUCCUAACACUGCCUGCUCAUAGGUAAGUAUAAACUGUGUUAUUCCCAAACAAGCAUGUGUAGGAUCAGAAACUUAAUAAGUGUUUCAGGAUUUCUUUACAGUGGAUCCCUUGUUAAAAAAAGUUAGUCUUUUUGAUACCUUUCGGUGGCCAAAAGUUUUGGGCAUGUUUGCUUACUACAGGAAAAGAUGGGUACAUACCAGCCAUUAAAAUACAAUAGCUUCAAAAGAAUAAGACCAGCCUUAAGUGAAACAGAGGUAGUCUGACUGCACGGGGUAUUACAUGGGGGCAAAACAAAUGUACAUUUAAAAAGUAACUUGGACUUGGUUAUUGAUCUCAUUGUGUGGGGAAAGUUUUUUCAUUAAGUAGUUUGCAUUGCCUUGGAGAGCAUGGCAUGUAUAAAAGUUAGACAUAGACAGUAUUUUAAUGAUUUUAAUAGCUAUUUCUUACUUUGCUCUCAGGUAGCAGACACUGAAAUGCAUCAACCUUCACAAUGUGCCCAUUGCACCAAGAAAAGGGCAGAGCUGGCUGAUGAUGCAUUUCUCCGACGAUGGAAGGCCUUGAUGGAAGAGGUUUUACUUAAAGAGAAGUUGGAAGAGUACAUGUAUACCAAAGUAAGUCAGGAUUUAGGUGGAGAGAGAGGUAUUUUAACAGCCUAACAAAUAUAUAUAGAUGAAUUAGAUUCCUGUAUCGCAGGGGGUUUAACUAGAUGGUCCUCAGGUGCCUCCCAACUCUACAACUCUGUGAUUCUAUGAGUAUGCUUAUUUACAAAACUUUGGAUUGCCCCAGGUGUCCAUGCAAACCUUUUGUUAGUGGUUUAUGGCAGACAAAGCAGAAUAAAAAGAAAGCAGCUCCCUUCCAGUUUGCAAAGCUUUCCUGUUUAAUUCUUGUUAGGUGGUCCUUGUUCCUGUCAGCUGCAUGCAGUUGCUCUCUCUUUCUGUUUUGCUCUUUUGCAGCAUGUGGAAGAUUGACACUUUACUUUACUGCACAAACUUCAUGAACAAAACAUCCCCCUUGUUUCCUCUCUGUUCAGCUUGCAAGUUUUGUUCAGGACUCAGAAAAACUGGCUUUCUUGUUUUUUUAUCUCGGUGAAAUGGUUGUGCAAAUUCCCCAUGUGCAAAUUCCCAAUUUGCUGUACUUACCAAUUCUAUGAGGGACGCAAGUGGCGCUGUGGGUUAAACCACAGAGCCUAGAACUUACCAAUCAGAAGGUCGGCUGUUCGAAUCCCUGCAACGGGGUGAGCUCCCGCUGCUUGGUCCCUGCUCCUGCCCACCUAGCAGUUCAAAAGCACAUCAAAGUGCAAGUAGAUAAAUAGGUACCACUCCGGCAGGAAGGUAAUCGGCAUUUCCGUGCGCUGCUCUGGUUUGCCAGAAGCGGCUUAGUCAUGCUGGCCACAUGACCCGGAAGCUGUACGCCAGCUCCCUCGGCCAACAAAGUGAGAUGAGCACCGCAACCCCAGAGUCAGUCACGACUGGACCUAAUGGUCAGGGGUCCCUUUACCUUUACUUUACUUUACUUACCAAUUCUAGCCUGUAUUGAUAGCUUUAGGGCAGCCUUCCUGAAUGUGAUGCCCUCCAGGACUGCAGCUCUCAUCAGCCGAGCUAGGACAGCUGAGCAGGAGACUAGUUGUAGUUGUAGCCCAAAAUAGCUGAAGGGCACCAGGUUAGAGAAGACUUCUCUAGACAUUUCCUGGGAUGCUCCAGCCAUUUCCUUCUCUGUGGUCCAAGCCCCCGUUUGGGAACUGAUUUAACUGUUCUAUUUCCAAAUAGCAUUGCUUUUAUUUCCAUUUCUUUUUUUCCCUAAGCCCCAGUUGCAGAUGGGGGAAAUCAUGAUCAGAAGCGCAGGGAAGGGAGUGUUGAACCAUUUCCCCAGCACAACCAUCCCACUGAAAAUUCUACUGCAAUCAGUGCAGUAGCAUUCUGUAAGAUAUAAAUGGAGAACACAAGAAGAACUCAAUUACGGUUACUAUGGGCACAGUCUAUGAACAAAUGAACCUGGCAUGCACCAAGUCUGUCUACUUGAGCCUGUUUCUGUCCUCAUACUAGCAGCAGUACUUCCAGGUUCUAGGCAGAGGGGAUUUUCUAGCCCUGUUACUGAGAAUAACCUUUAAUGGAAGGCACCAGGGUUUGGACCUGGGACCCUCUGCAUGUUCUCUUCCACUAAGCCUUGCUGUCUCCUUGGUACAGGGAUUUUGUUGAUAUAAACUUCGUUUGCUCAUGCAUUUCCCCGCUGUGUUUUCUUGCUGAUGCUCAAAAUGUAUGUCACUGUCCUGGAUAAUAACCUGUAUUUGCUUAAUCAGUUUUAUAUUGCUUUCACAAUAUAUCCAGAGUGCUCAGGGUAGGGAAUAGCAGUCAUACAUUUAAUGGAAGAGUGGGUGUUCAAUAGAACUCAUUGUGCUGAAUGUUGUGUCUGGUAUCUUAUUCAUGACACAUGAACAGUACAUGAAUUAUUCAUGGUACAUGAAUGUUACAUGAUAGUAAUACUAUAAAAUACUUUCAGUCCUCAAAGCAUUUUGUAUACAUUAUCUAGUUGCUGUAUUUGAGGCAGCCCUGUUAAGUCAGUUUUAUUGGUUUGUUUAUUUAUUUGUUUAGGAGUAUUUAUACCCCGCCUACUAACCAAAGUUCUCAAGGCAACUUACAGUAUAUAUUCAAAUAAUUAAAAUAGAUGGUGAUACAGAAGUCACUAGAGCAGAGCAAAGUUUGUAAAUCCCCACUGCUGCUCUUCUCCAGCAUUCCAGCAAAUGCCAUUCAGCAACUGAACCUUCUUGCUGUUGAAGAGGCUAAAUGUCAGCCACAUACAGGCCUGGAUGUCCUCACUGGGUGGCUGCUACUGAUGUCUCUCCCAGUCCCUGCCCUGGGUGCCUCCCUCCCAGUUCUCAGCUAGAAGGUCAAGCAGUCUUUAAUUCAGUCCAUGUCUCUUUUGGUCUAGGGGUUUCAGGACAACACUUGAAGGGGUUCCCUUCAUGGGGCUUGUGGCGGCCCUUCUUGGGAGCCUUGGUCCCAUGUUGCAGAUGGGAUGGGCACUGAAGUUGAGAGCUCACCUAGUGAGCUCAUGGAAGAGCAGGGAUGGUGAACCUGUUACCCUCUAGGAGUUAUUUGACUUCAACUCCCAUCAGCUCCAGCCAGCAUGGCUCAGUGGUCAGAGAUGAUGGGAGUUGUAGUCCAGAAACAUCUGGAGGGCCACAUGUUCCCCAUCCCUGUGAUAGAGACAAGAUUCAAACCAGAAACUUCUGGAUUCAUAGUUUAGUUUCCUAGUCAUUAUGCUGCAAAGAUGAAUAGAAUUUCAUUUGUUCUUCCAUACUCUGGAAUUAAGGUAUAUGCAAGGGAAUUACAGCUGUAGCGAGCAUUACCACAUUAAAAAAAGUAAUGGCAAGAAGCUUUUGUCCGAAGGAAAACCUCUCAUCAAAUCUUUCUCUCCUUCUAGGAUUCUCUCACCCUCAUUGGAGAAAUACACAGAUGUCUUCCGAAGCUGUCUGAGGAUCCCAGGAACAUAUGGCAGGAACUGAAUGAGAGAGGUCUGAAAGUGUAA